AUGUCAUGCCGUAGUGGCGUCCCAGCUGACCGCGGUGGAAGUGCAAUUGAAGAUCUCGUUGUUCCUCGCGUGGUGACUCCGUCGCGAACUACCGUGAUUGGGUACGAACAGUGGACAGAAGGAUUGGAUGCGUCUAACAUGUGCUUAGCCUUGGAUGAGUUCUUCCGAAGAAAAACCAUUCGGGAGAUAGCAGCGGAGAAUGGCCUCAAUACGAAGCUUUUCGUCACAGCAUAUCGGUCGUUUCGAGAGUAUUGCUUAAGUGAAAAGGGAGGUGUUGAACCUGCAUUGUUAGUAUUGUUCCAUGAUAUUAUAAAAGAAGGCCAUGACGUGGACAGGCUGUUCCCGUACUUCCUCGCACAUGCCCGAAAAGUAUUUCCCCACCUCGAGGCUAUGGAUGACUUACGGAUGAUCUCUGAUCUCACUCAACCUCAUAACUGGUAUCCCGACGCCCGCACUGUUCAGCGGAAGGUGAUUUUUCACGCAGGACCAACAAAUUCUGGGAAGACGUACCAUGCGUUGGAGCGAUUUGGUGAAGCAAAAAGUGGUGUUUAUUGUGGUCCGCUCAAGCUCCUGGCUGCUGAAGUUUUUAAAAGAAGUAACGAAUUAGGCAUUAAAUGCGACUUAGUUACAGGGGAGGAACGGAGAUAUGCAGUGGAUAAUUUUCACCCCAGUGCGCAUUUAUCAUCUACGGUGGAGAUGUUGUCUACCCAGAUGAGAGUCGAGGUACAUCUUUGUGGUGAGUCUGCAGCGAUAGAGAUUGUGAAGAAAUUGCUUGAUCCAAUUGGAGAACAUGUAGAGGUUCGCUACUACGAAAGAAAGACUCCGCUAACAAUAGCCAAUCAAGGAUUAGGAUCUCUGGAUCACUUAGAGUAUGUAAAUUAUUAUGUUAAACGUGCAGCCGUUUUCUCAGAACUUAGCUUAAAGGUGCAAUCCGGUGACUGCAUAGUCUGCUUUAGCCGUAAGGCUAUCUACAACGUUACAAAGAGCUUGGAGAAGUUAGGAGUGAAGCCGGCUGUCAUCUACGGUGACCUACCGCCGGGCACGAAGUUGGCCCAAGCGGCAAAAUUUAACGAUCCUAAUGAUCCAUGCAAUGUUUUGGUCGCUACUGAUGCUAUAGGAAUGGGUCUAAAUCUGAAUAUUCGUCGGAUAAUAUUCUCAGGAUGCACCAGGCAAGGUGAACUGCUACCGAACUAUUCAGCGCUGCAGAUUGCUGGAAGGGCCGGCAGAUUUGGUACAACAUACUCUGACGGGAUAGCUACUACUCUACGUAAUGAAGAUAUCGGAACACUUAAGGAUAUCUUGAGUCAACCAGUUGAACCGAUCGAAACUGUUGGUAUUGCUCCAACCUUUGAACAAAUCGAAACCUUUUCGUUUCAUUUGCCACAAGCCUCGUUUGUUCAUCUAUUGGACUUGUUUGUCUCGGUUUGUUCGAUAUCCGAUCAGUUCUUCAUAUGCACUGUGGAGCAAAUGAGAACUUUGGCUGAUUUGAUUGACUAUAUCCCACUUCCUUUAAAAGUACGCUACACUUUCUGCAUAUCUCCGAUAAAUGUUGAAAGCAAGCUGACAGCGGCAGCAUUUGUGAAGAUGAUUUACGAGGUUCUGGAUACUUACCUAUGGUUAUCAUUACGGUUUCCCGAUAUGCUUCCAGAUGAGCUGGCAGUUCGUGAAGCUUGCAAACAGUUGGAUGCUAUUUUACAGGAGUCGGUAGAGAAUAUACUCGAGAUCCUAGAGAAUUCGGCGAUGGGAGAUGCUCGAAAGAUCAGAAUGAAUACGGAUGAGGAAAUACCAGGAUCCUGUAUCAUAGAGGGUGCACUAGACAACACAAUGCCCGUAGGAGAAGCUGUGAAAACGCGUGAAGAGGAGUUGAACAUGGUGAAAAGUAAUUAUACUGGAGCAGAGGUGGUGGUGGUAGAUGUAAUAAACCAGCUUCUUGAUCGUGUACAAAUAGAGUCUGCUGCAUUCCGUUCUACCACUGACGGAAGACAUGUAGAGGAAGGAUUGAAUAGAGAAAUAGAAGCUAAAAUGGAAGUAGAAACAAAUGCGUUCGUAGAAGGAAGACUUUCCACUACCUUAAUCACUCCUGAUGCUGUAUGCAGAAAGGAGACUCCCAUCGAGCAGCCGUCAAGCUCAAGGGGAGAACCUGAAAAGAAAGCCAUAAUGGAAUCCAUUCUGGCUAAGCUCGAGAACACAGCAGUAAAACUGAACAGACGCGAACGCCGAGCGCUGCAAAGGGAGCUAGAAGCAGCUCAGGGUAUUGAGAGGACUUUUCCCGUCUCCAUUCAGCAGCAAACCUCUGUGGAUGCAUGGUCCAUUAGCAGUAUACCAUCUGAGGGAUUUGACGUCGAUCACAAUAUAAUCAUGCCUAAAGAUUCUGGAAGAGGUGGAAGUUCCUGUAAACGUCCUGCAACUGUCGUCAGUGGGAACCAUGAAGCAACGUCGAAGGUGCUAAAAAUCCAGGAGCCGCCUCUUGCUCUGGUCAUCCGAAAGUCUGCAUUCAAAUUUGACAAUGUAGCGAUGCAUCCGCAUGACAGCGUAAAAAGAGAUUUCUGCUGUGCUCGCUUGGGUUACGUGUCGACGUCUUUUCCUGCUAACAAUUUUCUUAAACUUUGCCGAUUUUCACCGAGCGGCUCCUCUGUCGCGACGACUUCAGCCGAUAAUUCGGCUAGAAUCUUCGAACUAAGCCAGAAACACAUGUUUUCAUUAGCGGUGAAAAUCCCGCUUGGAGAUCCGAUUUACGACACAACAUGGUUGUGCGGUAAUAAUGAAAAACAGUAUCUAGCAACAACAGCUAAGCACCAUCCUAUCCAUUUAUGGAGCGAGGAUGGUACGAGAUUUUCAUCUUACAGAGGAAUUAAUCACUUGGACGAGUUAACCGCUGCGUAUUCUGUUGCUUUCUCCAACGAUGGUGCACAGUUGUAUGGUGGCUAUGAUGCCUGCAUUCGUAUAUGGGACACUAGUCGACCGGGCAGGCAACAUACAUCGAUAAAGACUUGGGAAAAACGUACCGGUGGUCAAAAGUCGGUGGUGUCAUGUAUUGUCAUGAAUAAGUCGUUUGCGGGGGUGUAUGCUGCUGCAACGUACGAUGGCAGUGUGGGAUUCUACUCGGAUCGAACCAAUUCGUUGGAAUGCAUGUUUUCAACAGAAACUGUAGGGAUCACCGACAUGCACUACUCUUCCGACGGGCAGCGGCUGUUUGUUGCUCCACGUAAAUCUGAUGAAAUUCUCUGCUAUGAUAUGAGAAUGCCGGGCACACUCAUCUUCAAGAUGCUCCGGCCCUUCACAACAAAUCAGAGAGCAUGUUUUGACCUCGAUAGUGCGGACUCCUAUUUAUUUUCUGGUACUUCGGAUGGUCAGUUUGUUGUUUUCGAUCUCAACAGUAAUGCUAUUGAAAAGCUACCGUUCUUUUCGAGAAAAGUAGCCGAUUGCUCUGUGCCAUGUGUGAGUGUUCAUGAUGCUAAAAUCCCAAUGAUAGCAUUAGGUACAGGUGAAAGGGUUUUCCCAACACCAAAGCUAACAACAAUCUCAGAAGAUUCUUCCGAUUCCUCAGAUUCUGAAGAGGAGCGUUUAUCCUACCGUAGGCGACGACGUGACAGUGAAUUAAGUAAUUCGUUACAGUUGUGGAGAUUUCUGUAG